GCAUGCGCAGACGGUGCUACUUGCUGCACGUCCAGUUGGCAAACACACGAAGUUGUCUUCGCAAACUUUGAAGGCUCAAAACCACAAUGACUUCCACCAACAUGUUUCAAGGGUUGGACGCUGGUGCAAAAUCAAGCUCAAGGGUGUUGCAGCCUCCUGGAGGUGGCUCCAGUAACUUGUUCGGUGGCUAUGAAGACGACUCUGCAGCAUCAAGAAGACCUAAUAAGAUGGCCUCCAAACUGUUUGCUCCGCCGGAGGAGUCCCAGAGCGUACCCAGGCGCUCCAAUCCUCCAGGUGGGAAGAGUAGCGGAAUAUUUGGGGAUCCUGAACCUCAGGUCCGGCAACAUAGACACAAUCCUCCCGGUGGACAAAGCAGCGACAUAUUCGGUGCUGCAGAGAAUGCACCUGCCCAGAACUCAAACCGAAGCCACCCAAAUAAGCCAAAGGACAAUCUAGGUGUGGGACCUGAAACCAAGUCAUCACCUGCACCAGAAGUCAAGGUCAUCCAACCUGAAGUGAAGGAGGAAGUGGCCCCACCAGCUCCCAUGCCGGUCAAGGAGGAGCCUGUUGCUGCCCCAGCCCCCCCCGAGCCUGCACCUGAGCCCCCUGCUUCCUCUCCUUCGUCCUCACCUCCUAAGGAGAUGGAUGCGACUGGUGAGGGGAAGAACCACGAGCCUCAUCUGGGACCCAAGCCUCGCUCUCACAACAGGGUCCUCAACCCCCCUGGAGGAAAGUCUAGUGUGGUAUUCUUCUGAUCAGCUAAACACACAUCUCCUCCCUGUUCAUGUCCAUGCUCUUCUCGUCUGCUCCCCUGUCAAUCUUCUCAUUCCAGCACCCCUCUUCACACGGUUAUUCACCUGUACGUUUAAACACAGAGCAGGAAUUUCUGUUCUUCCAUCAGAUUUCUUUUCAAAUAUGUUGUCCUAAACUUCUUGCACUUUCAGCCCUGUUCCUUUCUUCCAUCUCUUUGUCUAAUUCUUCAUAUUCUUCUUCAAUGAAACCUGCAAUCAUUCAAUCACCAAUCAGUCAACAGGCUCGUUGUUACCUGAUCACUUUAACUGUGACUCUGUUCAAUCACAAUGUUCCGGUUACCCUUUCGUGGUUCCUGUGUUUGUAAAUGUAGUUUGGGUUACGACACAGUUUGUCAUUUUGAAAACGUUUAUGGUCUCGUGGAUGGUUAAGACAUUGGCGUGCUUGUACAGUGAUCAGCUUUAAACAGUCCUAGAUUUAAAUUAUUUGGUGUAAGAAAAUCCUUUGCUUGAAUUUGAAUGUGCUUGUUUUAAUCCUUAAUAUGUAGCCGUUCAAUCAGGAGGGGAUGAAAACAUCACCAAUGUGACAUGUUUCAGAGAGUUCCACUGGUGCCAACUCUUUGUGCGUUGCUGAAUCUUUACUGCAUUACUACUUAAAACAUUUUGUUUGGCAGUUAAAACAAAGUAAUACAUGUGAUGGACUCCAACCAAUGACCGUGUAAUGGAAGCCUUAUAUCAGUUCAGCAUUUUUUCAUCUCUUUUGCCUUCUCAUUACUCAUCCCUUCAUUUCAACUUGGGUCUAACAUUUACAAUCUGCUGCCGGAGCACAAUCUCUGUUAAAGGAUAGAUGCCAAAAAUUGACUAUGAAACAAAGAUGAAUACAAAUUGUUUACUCCUGAAUGUUUCUGCUUCCUUAAAGAAAAUUCCAUUUUGAUUGUAUGCGGAUGUAUUACGCAGGUACUUCUCUGCUUUCUCUUCAUUGUUUGCUUUAUCUGAGAACAUGCCUUUUAUGCUUGGGGUAGGCCUCUGUUUAUGUUUUAAAUUAAAACGGCUGAAGACAAGUGAACUCUGGACAAUCGCGUGACCUGCCUGAGUCCAGGCGGGCUCAUUGAUAAUAACCUUUACACCCAAUUCAUGAUGCACAUUCAUGGUAUUCUGAUGCCGGCCUGUCCCCUCGUGUGUUGAUGUGCCUGGCAGGCAAUGAGUGCAGCAGAAGAAAAUCCUGUGUAUUGCAAUAAAACUGUUGUUUUGCAUUUAAAAGU